ACCUUGCUGUAGGGUUUGAGUAACAGGACCUCUGGACUCUGGGAUAGAAUCACUUGGGAGCCCAGAAGAACAGAGGGACUAAGAGAACAGGCCAGAGCUGUGCCUCUGCUCUAGCAGGGCUGGUGGAGGCUUUUGGUGAAGAGGAGUUCUGCUGUGAGGUGAUCAUGGAUAUUGGGCACUGCUAAGAGUGAGCUGGGCAUGGCUGCCACCCUUCGAGUCCUACCUGGCUUUGUGCGCACCCGCCCCUGCCCAGUACUUUGGGGGAGUCCAGCUUCCUGGUCUGUUAGCAACAUGGCCCUGGCGGAGCAGGCCUGGCAAUUGUUUGAGGGUGCAGUGGAUGCAGUGAUGCCAGGCCCCAUGUUACACCGGACCCUGGCACUAGACACAGAGACUGGCCAGCUGAAGAUUCGGGAUAGGAACUUUAAACUCCAUCACAAUCUUUACCUGGCAGGCUUUGGCAAAGCUGUGCUGGGCAUGGCGGCUGUGGCGGAGGAGCUACUGAGUGAACACCUGGUUCAGGGUAUAAUCAGCGUGCCCAAGGGCAUCCAAGCAGCUUUGGAACGUGCUGGCAUGAAGGAGAUGCUGCUGAAGCCACAGAGCCGGAUCCAAGUGUUGGAGGGAGCCAAGGACAACCUGCCUGAUGGGGAUGCCCUGCAGGCUGCACUGGCCAUCCGGGACUUAGCAGAGGGGCUGACAGCUGAUGACCUGCUGCUGGUCCUGAUCUCCGGGGGAGGCUCAGCCCUGCUUCCUGCUCCAAUCCCACCAGUUACUCUAGAAGAGAAACAGUUGCUCACCAAGAUGCUGGCAGCUAGGGGUGCCACAAUUCAGGAGCUAAACACCAUCCGUAAGGCCUUGUCCCAACUCAAGGGUGGGGGCCUGGCCAGGGCUGCUUACCCCGCACAGGUGGUGAGCCUGAUCUUGUCAGACGUAGUAGGGGACCCUGUGGAUAUUAUUGCUAGCGGUCCCACAGUAGCAAAUGACCACAGCGUUCAGGAUUGCCUGCACAUCCUCAGCCGGCAUGACCUCCGGGGAAUCUUACCCCGCUCCGUCAAGACAGUGUUGUCCCGGGCCGACUCAGAUCCCCGUGGCCCUCCUGGCUGUGGCCACGUCCUCAAUGUGGUUAUCGGCUCCAAUUCACUGGCUCUGGCUGAGGCCCAGCGUCGUGCUGAGGCCCUGGGUUACCAAACUCUGGUUCUAAGCACAGUCAUCGAAGGUGAUGUGGGCCACCUGGCUCGAUUCUAUGGGCUGCUGGCUCAGGUAGUUGGUAUCCGCCUCUCCUCUCAGGAUAUGAAGACCAAGAAGGAGGAAGAUGAGCUUCAGGAACUGGUAGAAGAGCUACAACUCUCAGACAUAAAGUUGGAGGAAGUCCUGCAGGCUGUGGAGGGGGCCAAGGGUCCCGUCUGCCUUCUGGCCGGAGGGGAGCCCACAGUGCGGCUGAGGGGCUCAGGCAAGGGUGGCCGAAACCAAGAGCUUGCGCUGAGGGUGGCUGUAGAGAUGAGCGGGUCCCCACCGAGUGCCUGGGAGGCUCUGUUCCUCAGUGGUGGAACUGAUGGGCAGGAUGGUCCCACAGAGGCAGCAGGGGCCUGGGUCACCCCAGGGCUAGCCAGCGAGGCAGCAGCCGAGGGGCUGGAUGUAGCGGCUUUCUUGGCCAACAAUGAUUCAAACACCUUCUUCCGACGCCUAAAGGGUGGUGUCCACCUCCUUUGUACUGGGCUGACUGGCACCAACGUCAUGGAUAUUCACCUGCUGCUCCUCCGGCCCUGCUGAUAGGGCCAGUACAGGACUCACAAUUUCCUCAGGGGCUAGAAGGCAGGGCAGGGCCCCCAGGGGAAUCUGCUCCCAGCCCUUAAAGGCUCUUUAUAUGGAAUUCACUGGGCCGCUGCAGGCUUUGAACCUGUGAUGGAUGCCUAGGGAACAGAGAGCACUCAGCAGACCCAUCUCUGACUUGUUAGGCCUCUGUAGCAGUCUUCCCUUGGGGAUCACUCCUCUGCCCCCCCCACAUUUCACUUCUCUUUUUCCCCUGUUGGCUCCCCUGAGAGAGGCAGCGAUUGUGGCAGAAGGACCUUCCAACAAGUCACUGCUCUUCUGCUAGGUCUCUUCUCUUCACCUUGUCCCCUUGCACUGUUCCUCUCUCUAGCCUACUUUUGCCCCAGGAGGGGUUGGUGAUGACAAAAAAUGUGAGUCUGAGUGUUUGGGAAAGGGUGUGAAAAAUAAAAAGGAUUCAUUUAUUG